AUGAUGAUGCAGACCAUCACACAAUCCGGCGCCGGGAUGGCUGGAGCCCAGGCCAUCCAUGCCAACGUCUAUGCCACACAACCACUGGCUAAGUUCGGCACGAAGGAACAGCUGGAGACCACCAUUCCAAAUAUCAUCAAUGGCACCUGGCGAACAUGCUUUGGUGUGACCGAACCGAAUACGGGACUUGAAACCCUCAAACUCAAGACUCUUGCCACCAAAACGGAAGAUGGCUACUCCGUCUCAGGUCAGAAGAUCUGGAUCACCUGCGCGCAGGUGGCAUCAAAGAUGAUCUUACUGGCCCGUACAACGCCACUAGAGGAAGUCCACAAAACGAGCGAGGGGCUAUCUAUUUUCUGCAUCGAUCUUGACCGCGAGCAGCCUGGGUUGGAGAUGCGCAAGAUCAAGAAAAUGGGUGGUCGGGCGGUGGACGCAAAUGAAGUCUUCUUCGACAACUAUAAAAUCCCCGCCAAUACGUUGAUUGGCAAGGAGAACCAGGGGUUCAAAAUCAUUCUGCAUGGCAUGAAUGCCGAGCGCUGUCUUCUGGCAGGUGAAGCCUUGGGUCUUGGGUAUGCUGCGCUGGAGAAAGCAGCGCAGUAUGCCAAAGAGCGAGUGGUAUUCGGCCGUCCGAUUGGACAGAAUCAAGGAGUUUCACACCCAUUGGCCGACGCCUAUAUGAAACUUGAGGCCGCAAAACACGCAACAUACCAUGCGGCUCGACUUUAUGAUACUAGUGAUGGGUCAGUGCCGUUCCAUGCAAUUGGCGUGGCCUGUAACAGUGCCAAGUACCUCGCUGCCGAGGCUGCCUUUACCGCUUGUGAGCGAGCUGUUCUGGCCCACGGAGGCAUGGGGUAUGCCAUGGAAUUUGACGUAGAACGUUACUUGCGUGAAUGUCUCGUCCCUCGCAUUGCCCCGGUAAGCCGUGAGAUGAUCUUGAACUACGUCAGUGAGAAGGUCCUUGACUUGCCUCGCAGCUACUAG